UAUUUUUGCGAAUUAACUUUUUAGAAAAAAAAUAUUAUUACUAGAACUUCAAAUAUUUUCAUACUUUAUAACAUGAGUUAGUUUAAUCAGAAAAAAGAUUACAACCUUCCUUUUUAGUCAUCUGGAUCAUUAAAUAAUUUAAACAAGUUUAGCUUUACUCCAUAACAAGCAGCUAGCCACCAGAAUACUGGAAAUAAUUAUUAAAAGUUAUAAAAAAUGAAUUCUUGUUAUUUUGAAGAAAACUCAGAGAAAGAAAAUAAACCUCACCUUGCUUCUUCUGCUACUGCUAAUUAUUAAGAAUUUAAAAAGGGUUAUAGUAGAAUUCCUUGCUAAGUUUAAGCCAUAGAUUGCAAUCAAAGUUAAAUUAAAUUUAACUAGUAAUCUUAAAAUAAAAUAGAGUCACCAGCAUCUUACUACUUACCUCCUUAGUCUUCAAUAAUAGUAGGGAGCGAUAGUAAAGAAUCUCAUAAAAGAUAUAUUGAUUUUUCUUAAAAUUCAAUGUAAGUAAACAAUCCUUGCUCUUCUACUACAAAUAGCAGCUAAACAAAUAACAUUUCUCUAAAACAAAAUAAUUAAAAUGACUCAUUGUAAUAAAACUAAGCAGAAACAGUUAAUGUAAAACAGUAUCUCAUUUCUAAGUAAAAUAGCUUUAAGAAAGAUAAUUCUUAAGGUAGUUUAUUUAUUCAAAAAGAGCCAAGCUUUUAGAGUAUCAAGAGAAACAUUUUAGGUGAUAUUUUAAACAAUUAAAAUAUAAGCCAUGAAAUAACAUCUAAGAAAAUAACUUCUUCUGUUUUAACCACUCCAAAAAAUGAAAAUCUAACUCCUAAAAAUAGUAAUAACUUCAGAUGUGAUCAAUUUAACGAGUCUCUAAAUAGAAUUUAGAAGCUUAAAGACAAGUAUUCUUAUAUAGAUAAAAAAUUCACUUAAAAAGACUAUGAAACAAUAUUAGAAGAUCAAUAAAAAAGAACAGCUGAAUAAGCAAGCAUUAAAUAAUAAAAUGAAGGACUGCUUUUUAAGUACUAAAAUUGUUAAAUGGGAGGUAUGUUAAAUAAUUUAGUAACACCUCUUGAAAGUAAAUCUAAUUUCUAAACAAGCUCUCAUACAAUCAGUAGAGCUAGCUUUUUAGAUUAAGAAUAAAAUUGUAAUAAAAAGCUAGAGAGAGUUAACUCUGUUAAGCAUUAUUCUGAUAAUUAGUCUAAUAAUUCUUUUUUAUAGAAACAAGAAGCCCCUCUUUCUUCAAGGGGAUAGUCACCAUUCUCAAUAAGAUAGAAUGAUCAGUAAGGUUUUGGCGAUCAGUAUAGAUCUUAGGUCUAAAAAUACAAGCAAUAUUUUAUAGAAAGCGCAAUUGAAAGUGAAAGAUUAAAUAGGGAGUAGGAAAAUUUAAAAGAUGAAAAUGAAAAACUGAGGUUUAGAUUAAAAGAACUAUUAAGAAUAAGUUAAAUAUAGACAGGAAAUCUUUAAGAGCGACAUAAUAAUCUUACCCCAACUUCAAUAAAAUAUAAAAAUUCUAAAUUUUAAGAAGAUUGUUCGUAAGAUUAAAUAGCCUCCAACAAUUCUCUACAAAAUCAGCAACAAAACUAAAAUAUUGAAAAGAAAAGAGGAAAAAGCAACUAUAUUGAAAGUGAGAAUAUAAACAUGAAAAAAGAAUUAGAAGAGUGUGUUUUAUUGCUUGAAUCUGGAAGGUAAAAAAUAGACUCUCUUAAAGUUAGCAUACAUGAAAAGGAAUAACUCAUUAAAUAAUCCAAAAAUUAUACAACUUCUUUAGAAAAAAAAAUUUAAGAGCUUGAAAAAGAAAACUGUGAAAUAAAAAGUUAAAUGGAAGCUAUGAAGAGAUAAAAGUGUCAGAAUUCUAAUUUGAUUGAACAAAUAAGUUAAGAUGGAUAUUAAGAGCAUUUAAAAGAAUAAAUUAUUAAGUGUUUUGAUUACAAAUUUGUCAACUUUCUUGAGAACUAAAAGAAAUAAAUGUUAGACUUAACUUAAUAGAGUCAAUAAAACUUAGAAGAAAUAGGAGUUACUGUAUUCUAAUUAACCUAAAAUAUUUAGAAUGCAUUUUAAAGAAAGAAUAAUAUUAAUACGAGCUAUUUUUAUGAAAAUAUUUUGAAAUAUGCCUAAGAUGAGUUGUAGAACAUUAAAAAAUAGUUCAUGAAUAAAUUAAACUUAUCUUAUGAUAUGAUUGAUAUAAAGUUUGAUAAAAAUUUUGAAAAUUUCUUAAAUGAAAUUCUCUCAAAAGACCUUUCUUAAGAGUCCUUAAAAAAAAGUAUUUUGUGUCCAAAGUGUUUGAAAUCUGAUAGCGAAGUAGAUUGUAAAAGCACUUAGAAUUAAGAUUUGCUAUAGUAAUAUCUAAUUAAAAAUACUGGAAGAGAUUCUCUCAACAAUAGCUAAGCCAGUUUUAAAUUUUCAGAAACGAAAGAGAACAAAAAUAAUAAGUAAAUAGUAAAUUGUAUAGUUAAUAAUAAUUAAAUUAAUCAAAAGACAUAGAGCCUGCUUUUAGAAUAGGAUUUACUUUAGAUGCUUCUAAUACAAGCUCAAUCACUUGAGCAUGUUAUUAAUUAAUAAUAAUGA